UCAUUUUCAUCAAAAGUAAUUCGGAGUGAGUUGCCUUUCUUUCUCUCUCUUUCUCUCUCAUUCGUGUACAGAUUUCCACAACGUCGACUUCUUCAAAGUUCCAAUCUUUUCCCUCCCUCCAAAAACCUCAUAUCAGUCCAAAACAAAGCUCCACAAAAUCUUCCAAACCGAAAUCAAUACAAAACCCCCAAACACAGCAAAAAUGAGAACAGAAUCAGGGGAAAAAAAUUGGAUUUUUUUCCUCAUUCGCGCAACCAUGGCUUAGCUUCUCGAGCUUCUUCACCCCUUUUCCAUGGAGGAAAACAUUAUAGCGGAGGCGAAGCGGCCUUCAGUUUCUCUCCCUUCGUGUCCCACUGUUGAAAGCCUCUUCCGCCUCGAGCCUGCUGAAGCAAGCCCUAAUCCGAUGAAUUUGGUCUCGAGCUUCUUCUCGGAGGAUCCUGAAUCGGAGUGUCGAUCCUUCUCGCAGCUUCUCGCCGGAGCGGUGACGUCGCCGACUGCAAGAACGGCGGCGGAAGAGGUGGCGGGGGAUCGGAGAGGACGGGGUUUGAAUUUAGGGCAAGGCCGGCCGAUGAAUAUGUUGGUGGGGCAGUCGCCGUUCUUCACGGCGGCAACGGAUUUAAGCCCCGGUGGCUUGCUUGAUUUCCCGGCCAUGUUUGCGUCUAAUUCGGGACAAUAUGGAUUGGCACAUCAACAUGCUACACAUUCUCAAUUACAAAUGCAUAUGCCGCCAGAGAAUCCGUCACCUCUUUUGUCAGCCUCCUUAUCACAGUCGUUCCCCACCGCUAAGUUGUCAAAAGUCGUACAUGUGUCUCCCAUGACUCUAGACUCGAACACUCAUAGCUCUGAGGCCGCUAUUGCCUCUCUUUCUGAUCAAAUACCUCGUCCAAUGCCUAUUGUCGUCGAUAAGCCUGUCGACGAUGGUUACAAUUGGCGGAAGUAUGGGCAGAAACAGGUGAAGGGAAGCGAAUAUCCGAGGAGCUAUUACAAAUGCACCCAUCCGAACUGUCCCGUGAAGAAAAAGGUCGAACGUUCUCUUGACGGACAAGUGACCGAGAUUAUCUACAAGGGAAAACACAACCACCCGAAACCUCCAUCGAAUAAGCGAGGAAAAGAUGCUAACAUGUCAAAUGGUGCAGCUGAGUUAAAUGGGCACAAUGUAUUUGCUACGAAUUCGGAUUCGCUUUCCCAUGGUAAUGCUAUCACUGGUUUAUCGAAAAGAGAUCGGGAAUCUGGAAAUGGCGCCUAUGAGCAGUUGUCGGGCUCUAGUGACGGCGAGGAAGUCGGUGAUCAUGAUGGAAUGGAUGAAAGAGGAUAUUUUGGUGAUCCUGACCAGAAGAAAAGGAUGAUGGAGUCAGCUUCUCAUAGGACAGUAACAGAACCAAGGAUCAUUGUGCAGACAACAAGCGAAGUGGAUCUCCUGGAUGAUGGUUAUAGGUGGCGCAAAUAUGGCCAAAAAGUAGUCAAAGGAAAUCCUCAUCCAAGGAGUUAUUACAAGUGCACCUAUGGAGGAUGCAGCGUUCGCAAGCAUGUUGAAAGGGCGUCGAAAGAUCCCAAAGCAGUCAUAACGACAUAUGAAGGGAAGCAUAAUCAUGACGUACCUGCGGCUCGAAACAGCAGCCAUAACCCCCCCCCCCCGCCAUUGCAUCCAAUGGCUCGAAACCUCUAA